GAUACACUCCGGUGCUGAGAAGAACACUGGCUGUAAACACGGUGCCCCAAGAUGAUGUAUGUAGGCUUCUGAGAGGUAAAAUUUCAUCAGUUUCCAAUAAGCCAAUCCAAGAAAAGCCUUGUAGAUAAAGGGCUUCAUUGGGGAAAUUACUGCCUUGGUGUUUUCCUGCAGCUGACAUUUGUAAAUGCAAUUGAACGAGCACAGGAAGGAAGUCUGUUAAUGUACAGAAAGAGUGUCGCUGCUAUAAAUCACACUCCUGCAACAACAGCGAUAGGGCCACUCCAUCAGUGUUACAGGGAGUGCUUUCUCUUGCUUUUCUUUGCAUGCACUUUAGUUUAAGCUCAGUCCUUUCCUGCCUCUCACACAGUUCUCCGGAGAGUGGAGUGAGCGGGGGGUAAGAAGGCUUGUUGACUUGUGCCCCUUGGUAGAUUAAUGCCUGGCAGGCAGGAACAAUCCCUGCUGCUUCUUUCCUGGGCAUGAGCCUGCCGGGCACCUGCUUCACUUUUUUUGACAGUAUUCAACGGCUCGCUGGGCUGAUCCAAUGUGAAAAUGUACACAAGGCCCAAGCUCAUUUUCCAGCUCAUUUAAGAUUCAUUCCUUCUCUUGGUUGUGGCAAAAUACAUGUACGAUUUUUCUGUGUCUUUUUAGGAAGUCACUUUUUCCAAAGGGGCAAUUUUCAGUACAGAGACAGGCAAGGCAUUGUAAUUCGAUUAAUUAUCACAGCAGUCAUUGGUGGGACAACAAGAUUGGGUGGGACAGCUGAUCCCCUCUUAUUUAUCUUAUUUCAUGGCACUUAUAUUUCACAACUUUCAGACAUAGCAUGAUAGCUUCUAAAAGGGACAGCAGAUUAUGACUCUUUGGUGUCCUUAAAUGUAUAGCAUUUCAGCUUGUUACCACCAACUCAUCGCAGCCUGGAUCUCCCGUACUCUGAAACUGUCAUAUGGUUCACAUUCAUUCUGAUCUCCUAAUCAGAUGUUUUUGUUUAUUCCGUAAAUUACAAGGAAUGUUCUAGUCUUAAGGAAGGAAUGUACUCAUCCAAAAUAAUACUCAGUGGCAAAAGACAGAAUCUAGAUGUUCAGUGAGGCAGAAAUCUAAGUUGAGAGACAUUUUGACAUAAGCAGACUAGGCUAACCCCAAUAUAGCUCAGGUUUUACCCAGAUAUGGCCUGGCUAUGUCCUCGUCGGCUAGAAAACUUUUCAACCAAAUGUAACCAGGUUUUCACUUGAAUGUCUAGACGGCGUUUCUCUGGCUUUUCACCUAUUUUUCAAACAAAAAUUUUCACUGGGAAAUAAGUAGAAUUGUCAUGUUUUAGCAGACUGGCUUUGCGGGGUGGCAAGGGGUUUUAAUGGGAAAUGUGUAAAACUCAUUUGAGCUGUGCAGGUUGCUCUGAACUAGGUCAUCUGCUACACCAGUUAAAAGGCAGAAGUGAGGAUCUGAAUGUGCUGUGCUACCUGUGUACUACAAUCUGUCUCUCAGCACAGGGGUCGCGAUGCUCUCUGCAGCAGCGGCCGUGCAGCGCCGGAGAGUACAGGUCGCAGCGGAGGCUGCAGAAAAGAGGGGAGGCAGACGGAACAGCCGGUGGUGGCGGCGCGCGAGCCGCGUCCGCACUGGGCCAGGGGCAAGAGCGCGGGAGCGAGCGACCGCACCGGGCUGACCCCGCCGUCGACAGCCAAGAAUGCUCAAGAUGCCUCACGCCCUGCGGUGAUAAACCCGACCAGGGCGGAGCCGGAGAGGAGGCGGAGGAGUCCUGGGAUCACAGAGGGGCUUCCACUUCCACCUCGCUGCACCUUUACCUGCCCUCACCUUUUUACGAUGAGGAAGGGGAGAAGGAGAAGGACCAGGAGGACGCCAGGCAUCCAACAGGUCUGCCCCAGCAACCAGAAACCAUGGACACUAAAACUGUUCCCCCCGCCCCAAGCCGGACGGGACCGAGGCACGGCGUGGCGAAGCAGAAAAAAAGCGCAGUUGCCAGGGCGAUGCCCGGACUUGGACAGGGAGGCAAGCUCUCCGCCGGCUCUCGGAACACAGUGACUCCCAGCAGUGUUCCCAUUUCUGCUGCGAACAGUCUGGACCCUGCUGGUGACACCCCUAACCCGGCUCCAGCUCCGAGUCCAGAGCGCCCCCUGCAGGAAGAGCACAGGGGAGCACAGGUCAAGGGACCGCCGCGCUGCUCUGCUUCGAGGCGUCUGGUGUGGCGGCCGCCCAAGGAGAAGGACAACUACUACCAGAGGGCUGUCCUCACCAAGGCCACGGACCACUUCAGGCUGAAAACCACCACGACCCUUGAGUGGGGCUUGCACGGGCCCCAGGCAAGGAAGACUGUUUUUACUCUGCAAGCCCAUAACAGCAGGCCGGGGUCCUCCCUCUGCAGAGCCAACGCCUCCAUUUCGGGCCGCGGAGGCCUCUCACGACCAUCCUCUACCCAGUCCUGUGUCAGGACUGAUGUGUGACACUUGCAGGGCCCCGGUGAAACACUGCAUCAUUGCACACUGUGGCCUAUAGGCUCAGAGAAUAGCCUAGUUUCGUUUGGCAUAGGUAAUUAUGGGAAAUUGUAUUCCCGCAAUUGAGAACGGUUUGUCCUAUUAAUACACUGGGUUUCAGUGCAGUGACCCCACGGGUCAGUAUUCAUUGCUGGUGCUGGUCCAACACCACGGUUCAACGAGUGGACUACAGAGAGAUAAGUUGCAGUGGCUUGUCUGCGCUUUCCAGAGUUAACAGAGCUUGCAAGCAGGAGAGAAAAAAAUCUAGGGAUUAAUAGGUUUACUGUAAAUAGUACAGAUAUAAAAGGAACGGUCAGUAAAUUGAUACCGGCACCAAACAUUUCCCUCUGGAAGCGAAACUCGAUCAAAGCGUUCCUCUUUCUCUCCUCCCUCCAGCGCUUCCUCUUGGUGGGGCUCCACGGCCCUUGGCCGCGGUACGCGGUCUCCGAUCCGUCCCCCUCAGCUCUUCUUUGGAAAAGCCCAAACGGGGCACCGGGGAGGAAAAACAUUCCCUCUUUUUCCACAGGAGGAGGAAGCAGCAAGUGUUUCGCACUCGAGUAGGAAACAGCCCCGGGGAGAGGAGGAGAGAACAAAAAUAAAGACAAAGUGAAGAGAAGAAAAGUGAAUUUCGCCUUAAAAUUGUUUGAGUCGUCUCUGCUUUUUCCCUUUCCUUCAUUAUGAAUGACCCCCCCCCCCCCCACCCCAGUUUUGUUCUUUUAAAGAGAGGAUGGGGCUGUGAUGUGAACUCAAUAGAGUCAGUGCUGAAAAAGCUGGGGUGGAGGUGGGCUGGGCAAAGGUCAGAGCUGGCACUCUGUGUCCCGAGGUGGGGGGGGUUAUUGGGGGAGGGGGCACAUUCUUUCUGUAUGGCUUAAUCGACCAUGAACAGUGGGAUCAGAGGCCUUUGGCUGACAUGUAUCAGUCAAAACCCCUUUCACACCCACAUCAGAUUGAGCAGUCUUUCAGUGCAGCAUAGCAGAACAGAGGCUUAGCUAGCCAUCUACAAACCCUGCAACAGACUUUGAUUCUAUUCACUGUUUUCAUCAAGCGCACCCUCCUUCACUGUAAACUACACACAUGUGGAGCUGAACUUUAUCUCACAGUAUUUCAUAACUAUAAUGCAGAAACCUCGCUAUAUAAAACAGGGUUAAUGCUGGCUUGCUUUUUAUUAAGUUUUUUUAUAGUUUUUUGUGCAUCGUAAUGAAUAAGGAAUCAUUGCCUUCAUAGGGGGUUCUCCCCAUGAGGAAUAAAGUUCUGUGAUGACA